AUGUACAGCAACAAGUUCAAGGAGUCCUUACUCCCAGCGGAGAAUUCAGAGCUCAAGAUGAAGCACACCUCUUUACCGGACAUCAAACAUAUGGCAUCAAUCUUCCCUGCUAGCAAAGCCAAAUACUUUCACUUUCAUCCGGAUCCAGCCCAUAACAGUUAUUACCCCAGCAACAAAGAGGUCUUGUCUGAUGAGCUGGAGGACAGCAAUGUCAAAAGUGUCACAAACACACCCAUCUCCAAUGACAUCCUUAAAGAUGUUGAGUCUUGCUUCCAGACUCAAAUCAGGACUUUACAGGCCAACUUAGCAAAAUCAAUCACCAAUUUGACCAAGUUCAAGAAUGAACUACACCAACUGAUGCCCAUGCGCUUGAACAAUUUGAAAAAAGCCAUGGAUGACAUUAAUGUAAUCAACCAAAAGCUUGAUGAGUUGCACGGCCAGUUAGGAGGUGUUGAUGGAGAAACUCCACGCAGUGAAAUACUUAUUGAGGGGUCACAAGGCUUUCUUGCAAAGUUGUAUCACCUAAAACAAUCUUGUCCUUCACAAUGGGUAGCUCUUGAGCCCUUGGAAGUCGGUCUUAUAUUUGUGAUAGUCAUACGCUUUGUUGCAUCAGCAGCUCCAGGAUGUUUGUAA